UCAGCUGACGAGGUGUUGUAGUAGAAAGUACAGAUCCAGUUCAUUUCUACUUUUGACUUUUGGCAUUAGUUUUUCUCUUAAAUGUUCUUGUAAUCCUAGUGAGAAAACAGAGGAAUGUUGACAGGAAGUGAGUGAAAGUGCUGGUAUUUGGACGUACUCAGUGGUGGAUAGAAGUCGUCUCUCAGCCACAACAAAGACUGAAAUAUGGGCAGUGAGUACCAGCCCCUGAAUGCAGCAGACUCAUACAGAGCUUUAUUCAUUGAGGUACCGGAGUGCUUCAUAUGCAGAGAUGUUGAACUUGAAGCCAGUGACCCACUGAGGAGUUUCUGUGACUGCAAGAAUUUACUUGCCCAUCACGUGUGUCUAUCCACAUGGAUCCAGAGGGGGUGUGGAAGUGAAGACAGACUGCGAUGCAUUGUGUGCAAAGCCAGGUACCAGCUCCAGAGGACUUCUCCGUGGCGGUCGUUGAGUUUCCAGUGGCAGACGUGGCUGGUUCUGAUCAUUACCGUUGCUUUGUUGGGACUGGUGCCUUACGUUGUUCACUGCAUGAUGACAGCCUUUGACAACCCUCCUCCUCCCAGCACCUUUAAAGUGGCAGCAGCCUCGUUUGGUCUGCUUACGGAGAUUCUCCUGAUCAAGUGUCUGUCCAGCUACCUCAGCGGUCGGUACCGCCAGGCUGAGCAGAGUGCUUUCAUAGUCCGGGCCCGACGCUUUGAAGAGGAUGGCGGCGGCUCGAACCACUGGGAAGGACCCGAGGCCGCCUCAGCAGCAGCGGCAGGUCAUGCUUCAUCAGUGGCUUCAUCCAGUCAAGUGGAGGAGAGGAAAGUGGAUAUAGUGAAGAGUGGAUGUCUCAGCUUUUUACAUGUGUAGCAGAGGGAGUUUACAGAACACACAGAGAGAGGAAAUCAUCUGGGAAUAUAACAGCCAGUUCAAAUAUCAGUUUAUCAGCGUAGCAUUUACACUAAAAACCAGCUCUAGAGAUGUCACAUAGUCCUGUAUUCCUCUAUGUCAGACCUGGAUAUAUUCUCACAUGUUGCAAAUUGAUGGUAAGGACGAGAAUGCACGCAUCUCGCCAUGAGUGUGUUCAGAUUCAAAGAGAGAGAGAGA